ACCUCUAAUUUUGGUGUCAUCUGCAAACUUACUAACUGUACCUCUUAUGCUCGCAUUUAAGUGGAUAUCCUCCCAAUAUUUAAUAUAAAAUGAAAAUAAUAAAAGGUUACAAUUCAAAACAAAUGUGUUCUUUUGAGAAACAUUUUUAUAUGUAUAGAUCCUCAUAACUUGUGUUUUUUUAACCACCCUUGAUGCUUGAACUAUUUUCCUGAGAAGUCGAUUUCAGAUUUAAAUAAUCACAGAUUGUAAAUGUUUUGGAAAACAGAUUUAAAUAACUGGCCCACAUUCAAAACUAACUGUUCAAGCUAAGCUUAGUAUAAUUCUGAAGGUAGCUGUUUUUUGGACUCUGACUGGAUUGCAUGUGCUGAAACUAUGCAUUCAUUUUUGUCAUUUUUGUCAGCCACUGAUAAGCCACAGCAGACUGUGUUAGGUAAAACCACUUCUCACUCACUGAGGUUCCAGGUCACGCAUUAGGGUCAGGUAUAAAAUCUUCCAUCUGAAGAAUGCAGGAUUGUUGAAGUGCAGCUCUCAGGCUUCAAAUGUUGAAUUAAACAUUUUUGGCCUUUUCUGGGACUUAUGUUAAAACUUUAUUUGUUCAUGAAAAUAUUAUAAAUACUUUAUGAUAUGUUACAUUUGUGCAAGACAUUGAAGACAGAAUCCAACAGCAAGGUAAGAGCAGUGGGGGAGUUGAGGACCUGUGACAGUCAGUCAAGGUCACUGAGAGGAGAUGGUGAGGUAAAGGCCCAUGCAGGGAAGCAGACAGAUUGUUGAAAAACCUGAGUGGGACUCAGGAGAUAAAUAAGAUUCAGACUUUUCUAGGAGUAAGUGUGAAAUAAAGGCAAGGUUCCAUAAUGUAUUUAAUUCAGGUUAGGUCAUUCUGCUAUAAUAUGCGUUUUGUCAAUGCGAAUUCAUUAUAACAUGAUUGACGAAUUGGGGAUGCUGUUUCUAAAGCACAAGCUUUUAAAGCAUGUAUCAGUUAUAACGAGAUUGCAGCCCCAUUAGUUUAAAAGGUGCUGCUAUUAAGCGAUUUUCUUAUAAAAUGGGGCUGCUUAAUAACGGAACUACUGCGUUAUAGCAGAACUGACUGUAUGUCCAGGGAGCUCAGGCACAUUCUGCACUAUGUGGGAAAUCAGAGAUACUCCUGGCAGUCUAGAUGACCAUGUGUGCAGGAGAUGCCUCUGCCUAGAACAGCUCAAAUGCCAGUCUUGGAGUUUGAGCAGCAGUUGGGGAUCCUUCAUGAAGCUGAGAGUUUACUAGUUGGCAUAUUUCAGGAUGUGGUCAACUCUGCAACUUUAGAACUGCAGACAGAGAGAGAAUGGAGGAUCACCAGACAAAACAAGGGGAUCAGGCACAGAGUGACGGAAUUUCUGAUUAGAUCUUGCUUAAGAGUUUUCAGGCUUGCAAAAUCAAGGAAUAGUUGCAGGGCAUUCUGAAGGGGGAAGAGUAAUUCUUGGGGUCAGACAAAGUUAAAGGGGACAUAGAGGUUUGGAUGGGGGCAUGCAGAGUGAAGGUGCUGUGGGGUCAGAUUCUGGUCAAAGGCGAUUUGAACCAUGCCAUUGGUAUGUACAAAUUGAACAUGGAUAUCUCAAAGUUACAGAAAUGAUGUUUAAAAAAGACCAACACUGGAAAAGGCAAACCAUUGUCCAAGUUCCAAGGGUGCUAUGGGAGCCAUAAACCAUCUCUUGGACAGCUAAUGUGGGUGUUUGGAUCACUACAGGCACUCCACUUUUUAAUGACAUCUAUUUGUCACUCAGUUAGCACAGCACUUUCCCCAAGUUGCUGCACAUGCUGAGAUGUGGAUGAAUGAAUGAUGGAAAGAUUUCCUUCAUUAUUUUGGUAUAGCAAGUCUCAUUAUUUGGUGGAAUGUGCUUAAUCCACAAAUCAACAGGGCCUGCUACUGAAGACUCUUCUUUUGCUCCUUCUGUUGCCAGUGUGUGCCAUAUCCACUCAGAGCCCUGCACCUAGCUGCUGGUGUGCCAAUGUGGCUGCCUUCCUUAGGAGGUGAAGAUAGGUGUAGGAGCAGCAGCAGCCAGCAAUGACGAUGAAGAGCACUCCGUUCAAGAUGUCGCUGCUGCAGAAACCCUCGGGAUGCAUGGGUUCCACAGGAGGCUUAGAGCUUUUCAUUUCUGACUCCAUUUACUGGUGAGGAGUGAGAUUGAGCCAUUAAGUGGAUCAAUUAUGAUGACAACAGGAGGUUUUCUGCAUAUAACAGCCAGGACCAAUGAUUCCUUCCAAUCUUGUGAGCAGGCAAAUAAACACAGAAGGAAAAUGCACAAAAAAAGGAAGAAUGAUGUGGUAAUGGUGAAAGCCAAACUGAAGUUGUGCUCCAUUUCAGGUUUAGUUACUGUCUUCGGUAUCCUGGUGAUGUUGGGGGGAGUUGCAAUGGUACUAAUAGGCUACUGGCCCAUAGCCUCCAAGAUUCCCGAAACAAUUGCAGUGUCUUGCAACAUCACCAGUAACUGCACAACAGCUGACACUUCAUCGUUGGAAAUUUCUGAAUUUGUAGCCAGCUAUCUACAUUCUGAUAAACUGAAGAUCUUAGGACCACUGGUUUUGGGAAUUGGCAUAUUUUUGUUUAUCUGUGCUAAUGCGGCCCUUCAUGAAAAUAGAGACAAGAAAACUAAGGUGAUUAAUGUGCAAGAUAUUUACUCCACUGUAGUAGAUGUGCAUAACAUAAAGAAAAAAGAAUAUGUCCCUUUUCAAGGAUUUGUAAAUUAUAUGCAGUGCAAAAGCAUUGAUAGUCUCAAGUUCUCAGUUCCUUAUGAUGCAGCAAAUUUGGCAAAAAGUUCCUGUCAGACACCAACUGCAGAUGGCAUUAAAAAAAGCUUGAUUCAAUGAAAAGCCCAAGAGAAAAAUAACAAUUAUCUGGCAAAGCAGCAGGAACUUGACAGAAAUCAUUAUCAUUAACUCUGGCCAGUUUCUAAAGAGACAGUAUCAGUGCCAGUGCGAGAAAUGGCACCACAUCCCAUACUACUACAUCCAUUGAUGGAUACACUCACACUCCCUAUAACUGAAACAGUUCGAUUCAGACUGAGGAAGACCACUGAUCAGCAAAAGGUGAUAAAGAAGCAGGGGUGUCAAAAAAUCAUGAAUAAAUUCAACAGAAAAUGUGGUAUAAUAUCUUUCAUCCCAGAGGAACUGUUGGACAUAUUUCAGGAGUCCAAGUUUGAGCUGAUCACCCUGGAAGCUACAAAAUGCUACCAAGGCCGUGACUUCAAAUAGAACCUGGUCAGAUAAUAUCCAACCAGUAACCACAAAGUCUCAUAAAGAUUGUUUCUGUUUGCAGAGAUUUCAGGAGUACAAACAGAAAAUAUUGGAAAUCCGCAGCAGUUUCAAGUUUCUUUUCUUACUGUUCACUGAAAUUGGUCAAGCUCCAAAGACUAGCAGAUCAUUUCUUAUACUUGAAGUUGUUCAGUCAUCUUCAUUGUGGUGGAAGAAUGAGAAGAGGCAAUGGAAAAGAAAAAGUACAAGUUCAAAGGGAGUGCAAGUUCAGAAAGACCUGGGAGUAUAUGUGCACAAUCACUGGAAGUGGCAGGGCAGACAGAGCAGUUUGGAGCAUACAGUUGGCUUAGCAAUAACACAGUUCCGUUCUCAUGCAAUCCUGUUUUAUAAGAAAAUCUAUAAAAGCAGCACCAUUUAAAUUAAUGGAGCUGGAAUCGCAUUGUAGCCAAUACACGUUUUAAAAUUUCAUGCUUUAGAAACAUAGUGUCCCUAAGUUGUCAAUUAUGUUAUAGCAUAAUUUGCAUUAACAAAAUAUGCGUUAUAGCAGAACAACCUUUACAGAGUAUAAGCAAAAUAUUGUGGAUGUUGAG